AUGCCUUUCUUGCAGCUCGUGUCAGCCUUUUGGACCUGGCUGGUCGGAGCCGAACAUCCCGGGCUUGAGUCCUCUGACAUGUCGAACCCCGUUGUGCUCAUGUACGAAGGCAAGGUUGACAACAUUUGGCCGGAAAUAAUUAGGCUCGGCAACAUCAGAGCUGCGCUGAAAGGACGAUUGCCAGACCUAAAAGAUGAAUGCACGCGGCUCACACCGCUAGACCACGGAGCAUCACAUGUGGUCAUAGUUAUGGUCGAGACCCGCAUGGGGAAAGAAUAUAUUGUUCGGGUCACCGGCACCGAUCACGACGAUUUCAUGUUCGCGCAGCCAUUCUGGCAGGAAUACAAGGAGUUAUCCGAGGUUUCUUCCAUGCUGGCAUUGCGGAAGUGCACGACUAUACCUGUACCGCACGUCUACUUCGCUGACAAAGACGAGCACCAUCGCGUUGGUGGGUUUUGGACGCUGCAGGAAUAUAUGCCCGGAGAAAACCUCUGGGAUUUGUGGCCGCGGUUAUCUCACGGUGCUCGAGUGCAAGCUAUCAAGCAAGUUGCCGAUUGGAUGCUGGAGCUGUUUCAUCUCGAAUUCGACACGAUCGGUAGUCUACACUGUACGAGCGAUUUUGAGGGCGUACGAAAUCUUUCGGACAGUGAUCUUAACUUUCACGUUGGUAGCAUGGUCACACUGCGCGGCCUGCCGUCUGGGGGGAUCUUGGGACCGCCCAGAAAUCCCGGUCCAUGGCGCGACGCUCGGGCAUGGUUGAAAAGCACGGCACAAGGCGACAUGGAAUUCCAGCGCAGAAUAAAAUCGACACCCGUUCCAGAAUACAUUGACAAGGUGAAAGCGAUAAUCGAUGAACCCCAGGAACUCAACGGCCUUUUCCUCAGCGGGCCGCUCAGUGUCAACGUCCCCUUUGCGCUCGACAUGUGGAACUUCAGGAAUAUCAAGGCACAGCUUGAAGGAGACACGCUUACUCUGACGGCUCUACUGGAUAUGGAGGGUAUGCAAAUACUGCCUCGAUGGGUGCUUGGCCAAGCCCCGCGUAUCGAUGACUUGGAGGCGGAUAUGUCGGAUCUGUUGCUCGAGCUCUUGCUCAAUGAUCCCGUGUUCAAGCUCGCUCACGAAGAUGGGUCGCAUGCGCGCCACUUGUUUGUCUUGGCUACCCGUGCCACUAUGUCCAAGCCUAUGGAUGAAUGGAUCGAAGAAUUUCGCAACCGCGUUUGGGAGGACGUGGCAACCAUGGGAGGGUAA